AUGACAGAGAACCAACGAUUGCAAACAUUUGCAGCACUAUGUGCAGGCCAAUCAGACGCUCCAACGGACAAGGCAAGAGAUGCUAGUAGUGCUGGGGCUCAAAAUGGGGAUUCAAAAAACUCCAUUGCUUCGGCGCUAUCAUCUUCUGCUUCAUCAUCUACAGCACAACAAUCACAGCCCGCGCAAGAUGCCGGUCGGACAUCUCAUCCGGCAGUACAGAACGGACAGCAAUUGCAAAAUAUGAGAGGACAGGAAUUACAACAGGCGCUUGCCAGAGCGGCGUUGCAUGGUGGGACUGUGUCUCCGUCCCUCGCUGCUGCUCAGAGCUUAUUCAUGCAGGGCGGUUUGUCUACGCAACACAUUAACGAUGCUGCAGUGACUCAAAUGGCAUUGCAGCAAUAUCUUCAACAGGCACAACAGGCACUUUCAAAUCAGCAGGCAUCCCAGACACUGUCUACAAAUGGGGGCGGGAGUCUUCGAGAAAGUCACGCCUUGAUGAUGGCAGCUUUAACAGGCGGAAAAACGAAUCCAUUUGGACAUGUCACAGGAACCGAUCUGUUACAUGGAUCCCAACAGAAGGUGAUACCAUCUGCUUCGCCAUCAAACUUGGAAGCACCUACUGAAGUCGCAAAUGCUAUUGCGGGUGCAGGCAAUGUUGGAUCAUCGUCAGUUCCAACUAGCAUGAAGCCACCACCUCCUCCAUCACAAAAGAGCGUUGAAGCGACGCUGAGUACAGCCGGAAUACCUAGUAUCCUCGGUCAAACUCCUCCCAAAAUUGCUCCCAUGCCUGGAGCUAAGCCAAUUGCAAUCAACGAAGGCGGUUCUGAAUCGUCAGUACCCUCGGGUUUCGACGAUAAGAAACAACAAAAACGUGCUGCGAACCGAAGAUCGGCACAACUAAGUCGAAAGAGAAAGAAGCAAUACAUUGAAGAGUUGAAGGAAGAGAAUGAUGAAUUGCGAAGGAAAGAGCAGAUUCUUCGAUCUAUACCUGAUUUGAUCGUUGUCUUUGACUCUUCUGGAAAGCUUGGGUUUGUUUCCCCUUCUGUGUCUCGUUUCAUUGGCAUGUCGCCAGACGAACUCGUCGGCACAUCCUUCUGGGAUCGACUUUGUGAAAGCAGUGUCCGGCUGCUCAAGUCUGCCUUCAUGGAUGCACUUGCUGCAAAGAAGUCCGAUUCUGAUACUUGUCCUCUGGGGUCAGGGGUAUGGGAUCUGAGACUGGUGGACAAAGAGUCAAAUUACACCUUGGUUUCACUCAAUGGCGUUGUCCACUUUUCGGGGGAGGCACCUGAAUGCGUAUGCUGCAUUCGUCCUCUUGAACAGCAGCAGCCUGUGCAAAAAAUGACCAAUGAAGUGAAGAAGCAGCCCACUGCUCGUCCUGUCUCGAGCUGUGAUGGAUCCAGAUCUUCGAACAGCAGCAGGCAGGAUGCGUUAGAAAUCCGGGCCAAUCCCAAUCAAAGCGUGAUCAGCAGUGACACCACUUCUGCAGAUGACUCUGGCAUGAACUCAGCGAGAAGGAAGAAACCACGACGGCGAGAAGUCGGACGCGGUGCUGAAGGUGAAUCGGUUCGAAUCAGCGACGGAGACAGUGUCAGCGGGAGUGACGAUGGAAUCGUUUCGAAUUAA